CUGUCAUCCUUCAUUGAUCUUACCAAUGACGAUGUUAACGACGUUUUGCUUCUUAGUCCUGAUAGUAUAUUCAAGCAACCACAAGUUAUUGAUUCCCAUGCUGAGUUAUUGAAUGACCGAGCUGACGCUGAAGUACCACUUACGACUGUUAAAAGAAACCGUGGUCGACCUAAAAAGAUUUUAGGAAAUACGUCGGCACAGACUGAUCUUGAAAAAAUAAUCGGCACUCCAAACACUACUAUUUCAAGUGAGAUAUUCGAUCAUUGUGCGGACGAUCAAGUAACAGUUACGACUCUUAAAAGAAAACGUGGUCGACCUAAAAAAAUUAUAGGAAAUAUCUCCACACCAACAGGUGUUGAUUUGCUUGAUCAAGUGCCACCUACAAAUCAAAAGAAAAAACCCGGUCGACCUAAAAAAGUGUUGGCGAGCACUUCUACACGAUCU